AUGAAUCAGAAACUUCGAAGAGGGCAGCAACCCACAGGUACUCCAUCAUUGGCGUGGUCAUGUGCCGUCGUCAUUGUUUCGAUUCUCGCCGGUGCCUCCGUCGUCCACAACAUCUUCAAGCCUAACUUGCGUUUGAUUCCCAAAACAGGGGACCUGGUCAGUUGCGGACACGAUUGGUUGGUUUUAAGCUUGCUGGCGUUUGCAAGUCCUCUUUCCAGAUAGAUUCAAUCCUGCAUAGAAAAUAAGACACUAAUUAAUUCGGUUUUAGUUUUGUAUUAUACCUGAUGACCUAUGAAGGAUUGAUACUUUGACUGGGG